AUGCCUCCUAUCUUGACUCCCUCUGGUGCUGCUGAAGUUAUGGAGGAACACAAUUUCCAAACAGUCUCGCAGCAUCCAGAUGCUUUCAAUCGUGGGCCUGUUGUUGUGAAUCUACCAUGUAUGAAACAUCACCAGGUAUCUGUAGAUCUACCAAAUGAAGGCAAACGUGUUGAGGCUCCUCCGAGUGGUGUUCAGCCGUCAGCAAAGUUAUCUUAUGCAGACAUAACUCGUCGGGCUAUUACAGAUCCAAGUUCAACAUCGAUUGGUGAACAGUCUGCCCAGCACGAGGAUGGUUCUACUCAUUCUGGGCUGCAUGAUCCGAAAUUGUGCACUGGUAACCAGCCCAAAAAGACAUCUUCUCGCCAAACGAGAAUGCUGCCACCAAUUCCACAAAGUCCAAUGCGUCGUUCGACUAUAGGAUACGGCAUAUCAAACAAUCUAUGUACUAUUUCUGAAAAGUCAACGAACAGCCAGGAAGUAAUUCAGCCCCCAGACCAGCAGCAGGCAUUAGAAGGCAUCUGUUUUGGAAACCAGAGUCCAACAGAGAGGUUUACAAGCGCUUACGUUGGAUACAUUGCCCCACCCCCUAUUCAUCUCUCAGAGCCAUCUGCUAGAAAGACCAGCGAACAGUCCUUUCUGGCCCAACUCAAAGCCACCUUUAACAUUCCAGAGGUUUCACAUCCAGGCACUGUGGGCAAUGUGGACUGUGCUUUGAAUAGCGGUCACUUGAAAGAAAAAAUGCACUGCAAAGAUGCUUCCCUGGCGAAUGAUGAUAGUACUAAAGAAGCUGGCUGCGUCACCCGGGCUUUUCCCCCUAGACAAAAUGUGCCCACUGCUCCUGACUCAGCGUCGUCUCUAUCAACAAACAAACCACAUUCAGACGUGUUGUAUUCUUCUCCUUCAUCUACUGCCAACACGCGCAAUGCACAUCAAAAUGGAUCAUCUCCAUCAACGCCUACACUGCCAACACCUUUGAAGAACACUCAGAAUACUGACCACUUCCCGGUGCCAAGCCAUUACAAUAACGAACUUUCUAAUAGUGGUACUCUUUUUCAAGCUGGUAUGGCCCCAAGAGAGGAGGUUCAAGGAAUAAUUUUGGGUGGCCCUGCUUUAAGCCCAACAAGACAAGGAACGUACGCUACUCAACGACUCCCUGAAGUUGUCGAGCACCGAGGUGUCCCAAGUAUGCACGGGAUGAUUUGUAUUAACGCACCAAUAGUGAGCCCGACCCCUGGAGCUUUGGAGCCAAACUACGCGCCUGGCAAUUGGCACAGGCUUUCCGCACCUUAUUCACCUUCAAUCUACGAUAUGGAACCACCUCCUCCCCAGCCGAACUUUGGCACGGGAUGCCGUCCGUCCAUGCCUUCGAAUGGAAUAGACUAUAUGACAAUUCAAGGAGAAAUGCUGGAAAAGCUUUGCCACCAGGUUGGCGAUUUAUCAAAAGAACUUGGCUUGGUACGCGCAGAGCUGCAGGCUCAAACGUUCCAGUUGCAGCAAUUGACAGCCCACGUUAAUAUUCUCCGCGCUCAAAAUCGUCAUGCUGGAGCGCAAGAAACGGUUCCUACUCCAACUGCUGCGUUUAGAACACCGCCAUCGACUGGAAUAGAUGUUCUCACCUAUCACCCUGAGAAUACUGGUAGCCCAAUCCGAAAGGGCGUCCAGCAGCGCCAAACAAGCGAUUCCACGAUUCGUCUCAAUGACUCGCGUAUCGAUGAAACAUCCGAUGAUGCAUCGGUUCUUCAAAAACAAAAAUCUCACGUUCCGGCCCCGAUUGCUAAAGGUUCAGCCAGUGGUAGUGAAAAUAAUGCAGUGAACCAAACUAUCCUCUGUGCUGCUCGCCGCAACCCGAGUCAGCCCAUCAUUCUCGAAGAACCGAAAAAGAGCCCAGUUUGCACAGUUGCUGCGACAUCAAGUCCGGCUGAGCCAUUGAAAAACCCGCUUCCGCCAGCCAAAGUCUCUGAAACUCUGAGCAAGCCCAUGAUUGUGAAUAGCGGAAGUGACACACACCACCGUCGAACUCGAUCAAGCCAGAGCUAUAGAGCGUCAGAGCAUUCCGAUCGCGUUAUUCUGCCCUUGAAUCCAAACACCCGUCGAAAUAAUGACAAUAAUAAAACCUGGCAGCAUAAUGUAUUGAGAAACCCAACACCUCCGACUCGAAUCGAUGGAACCUGGGGAGGCACAAGAAACUGGUAUCAUCAUCAGGCAUACGGAACUGACCCACAGAGCUAA